UUUUCAUACUUACCCAGUUCACUCGGAGAAUAUCAUCCACGGAGACCUUCAUCCUGCAAAUGUGCUCAUAGAUGAUUCGGGGAAUCCACGUCUCACGGAUUUCGGUCUCGCGACAGUCGCAGGGGAUGCAGAAUUGCAGUUGUCCAUGACGACCGCGACCCGCACCUUAGAUUCUCGAUGGCGUGCGCCUGAAAUCGUUGGAAUCGAGCGUGACCCUGAAAAACCGUCUUUCAAGAGUGAUAUCUAUGCCUUGGGUGGUGUUAUUUUCUUUAUCAUCUCGGGGGAUGUACCAUGGAAGGAGAAGAAUUCGGUUCAAAUCUGCAUCACGCUGUCGCAAAAAGCCGAACAUCCGCGUCCCGACAACAUCCUUGACUAUCACUGGACAUCAAUUCAAAGAUGCUGGUCUUGGGAUGCGCGGAAUCGCCCGGAUGCUAUGGAAGUCAUUGAAUGCAUUACACCGAAGAACAUCAUCAUUUUCGGGGAACGUGGCGCUGGGAAGAGCUCCGUCAUCAACCUCCUGGCAGGUAGGAAGGUCACUGAGACCUCGUCAGACCAGGACAGUCUUACAUUGCAUUACGACGCAUAUGGUACCACCAUCGACGGCAUACCGUAUCGCAUCUAUGAUACUACUGGGUUCGAUGACUACCGCACGAACCCUAGCGGAUUCCUUUACGCUAUCACCAAUGCUCACAAGUUGGCUAAGGAGCUCCGUGAGAAAGGAGGAGUCAAUCUGCUGUUGUACUGUAUCAAGGGGGACAUAAUACCACCAACAUUCAUCACUAACUACAGGCUCCUCUAUGAGCUUCUCUUUGAGGAGAAGGGAUGGUUCGAGCGUCAGGCGGUCAAACAUGUCGAUCAUGCUUGUAUCACUACAGCGGACAAUCCGGACCCGAAGUGCACGGAGAAGUACGAAAUGUCCAGAACAGAAUUGGGCAAAUUGAUCAGUCGACAAGCACAACACUGGAAUAGAGGGGAUUGGUCGCAUGCGAGGGCCGUUGAGGCAGAUGACUCCUCAAUCGGGCAAGCAAGCAAAGCAGACGUUCUUAGAGUCCUCACGAAGCGCUGCGGGUUGGGGGAAAGCUUAGCAAAGGUCGUGAUUCGAAAUCUUGCUCCUAACAUGGUUCAAAGCAGUGUCCGGACCAUUCCUCCUGAAAUGGCUGAAAGCACUAUUCGGACCAUCCGUUCUGAAAUGACUGAAAGCACUAUCCAGACCACCCCUCCUGAAAUAGUUGACAGCACUAUCCAGAUCACCCCUCCUGAAAUGGUUGAAAGCACUAUCCGGACCAUCCGUCCUGAGAUGUCCGAAAGCACUAUACAGACCACUCCUCCUGAUAUAGCUGACAGCACUGUUCAGGCUGUCCCUCCUGAAGCGGUUACAAGGACCAAGCCCGACACAACCUUUAGUAUGCCCGAUACCCCCAUACCGGAGGGACUGCAGGUGGUUAAGUACCACAGUCCUCCUAAACGGAACAAAAGUAUUGUAAUAUUUGGGGCGGAAGCAGCAGGAAAAAGCGCACUUGUCAACCUCAUGGCAGGCGAAAAUGUGGCGACGACAUCUAGUGACGCGAUUGUUUGUACGCAGCAUUGGGAAGAGUAUCCCAUCAGCUUCGCCGGCGAGUCUUAUAGUGUCUUCGACACCAUGGGAAUCGAUGAACCGCAGAUUGGAAUUCCACAGUACCUCGAUGCUGUCGAAAACGCCUAUCGGCUCAUCAAGAUGCUAGACGAAGAAGGCGGCAUUGAUCUUCUUCUAUUCUGUAUGCGCGCCGGCAGACUCACCGCUACGCAUCGGAGCAUCUACCGGCUCUUUAACGAAUUCCUGUGCGAGAAGAAGGUUCCUGUUGUUCUUGUGUUCACACACCUCGAAAUUGAGCCAGGGGGGAUGGAGAACUACUGGGAGAGAAACCGCAACACCUUCGAAAAAUACCUGAGCCCGAUCGCCGGUCAUGCGUGCAUCACCGCCACUAGAGGAAAUUCCCCGCAACGUUAUGAAGAAUCACGCACUACGAUCCGGAAUGUUGUUCAGCGAUUGACCGCUGACAGGCAGAGGGAUACCUUGUUCGCGUCGUUGAUACGUAAGCCGAAGGAGUUACUUGCCGGGGGUCCGCUUGUGAAAAGGAAGGAUCUUGUCCCUCUUCUCACAAAGCGUUGUGGUAUAUCUCCAGACGUCGCAAAACGGUUGGCUGAUAGAAUCAGGCAAGACGUAGGUUGAACUUAGUCUUUAUCGAGGAUAUGUUGCACAUCUGAGUUGAUACUAAUACAUAAUUCAUAUGAUCACUUGCAUCACAUGUGAAUUCGUUCUCCCUUCCAUUCUAGCGCUGAUAGAAUUCCAUCACUGCAGGUUACAUAAAUUACUACACCACGCAUGGCAAAUACAAAGUGUAUAAAACGUACGCCAACAACAUCCCAACAUCCCAGACGACAUGAGAGUAACAGGGAGAAUGGUAGAAGGUCGGCCAUAAGCGAUGUUAUACCCGAUACUGGCGUUGAAGAGCACGGGAUCUUAAGGUGCGACGCCUAUUGCGCGACGCAGGCCUGAGAG